UGACGGGGGCCGCGUACCACGCGUCCUUGUCCUAACACUGAAGAAAAAAAUAUAUAAAAUUAAUACCAUAACUAUAUACUUGUCUGUGGUUAUAAUUAGCGCGAAAUAAAAAUUAUUCCAUAUUUAAAAUUGUGAUGUUUAAAUUUUAAUGAAUCGAAUUUAUUAUGAGUGAGGUGCUGUACUAUAAAUUGAAACGGUGAUUUUUAUUGUGAUCUUUUGUUGAUUUUAUUCUUUUGAUAUUUUAUUAAGAUAUAAAUGACCUUAAUCGAGCGAGAUGGGUGUGCGGGAAAGACGAAGCAUACUUAUAACUGUUUUAUUGAUUUCAUAUGGAAUAGCUGAUAUUAAAACCAGCUUACCGGUAGAUCUAGCUGCUGAAGAAAAGGCUCCACAAGUAACAACUAUAAUACCUACAGUAUCUACUUCCCCUAAUCCUACGACAGUUAACAUUUCUACCUCUACCUACGCGACGGCUAUACCCCCAAUACCUCCCAGCGACCGGGACAGAUUCCUCACGUUCGCAGAAUCUGGCCAUCACCAGACAUUCAUGUUCGCCAAAGACAAUACGUUCAUACAACUAGAUGGCGAUAUUAUCCAGCGAUUUCAAUUAAGAUUGUGCAGAGAAAUAUCGUUUAAGUUUCGAACAAGACUUCCUCACGGUCUUCUAGUAUAUCAUAAUGUUAAGAAUCCAGUUUUUAAAAUGCAGCCUUAUGCUUUGUACGUCAUCGUGGAGAAGGGCGAACUAAAAGUUGUCCACGUAUUCGGAAAACACCUGACUUCUGUAACGGUUGGUAGAGCUUUGAACAGGGACCAGUGGCACAGUGUGGUUGUAACUAUUGACGUCCACGGCGCCAGGCUAAUAGCUAAAGUAGAUCAAUUGAAAGAAGAAGUUUACUUAAAGGGCUUGAGUUUCGACACUAAUUACGGUAUCACGGAUAAUUUAACAUCCGUCAUUCUUAUUGGAGGUCUCAGUUCGGAAGAAAAGCUGCACGGUGUCAAAUACAUUAUAGAAUCAUUUGUUGGUUGCAUCAGCGAUAUGGUACUAAGUUCAGGCAAAGCAGCAUCAGACCUCUUACCAAUCGUUCCUCUUAUUGCGACUAAACAUGAAAAUGUUAAAGAAGGUUGCAUCGACAAGUGCAGAACAAUGGAAAACCUUUGUUUUGAAGGCUCUAGGUGUAUUAAUGAGUAUAAUGGAUACAGAUGCGAUUGUUUUGGGACUUUGUAUGAAGAACAGCUUUGUGAUGUGUUUACUGCUACAAUAUUAACUCUACGAGGAUCUAGUUACGUAUCUUACCGCGUAUACGAUUGGAAGGAUCGCGUUCACUCCACUAACACUCGAGUGAGCUUACAUUUUAAGACCCGUUUCGACGAUUCCGCGCUAUUUUAUGCGAGCGGCCAGAUAGAUGACAAACAUCAUUAUAUAGCUCUUUCGAUACACCUAGAAAAAAUCGCCAUACAAAUCGACUUAGGCGAUGGACCCGUUGAAGAUUAUUUAGGGGAUAAAGUUAACAAUAAUCGAUGGCACAACCUUACUGUAAUUUUACAAGAAAAAACAGUUUUUGUUUACCUAGACGAUAUAAGAGCAACUUACGAAGUGCCUGGAGAUGCUAAAUAUGUUUGCAUUGACCCUGAAAUUUACAUAUGCGGUGGACCAGAUCUGCACAAAAUGAAAGGUCUCAAAUCGUUUAAUAACUUCGCGGGGAAUCUCAAGUAUGUUUACUACAACGAUGUGUCAAUACUUUACGAGUUGAAGCAAAAUAACCCUAAAGUCCACUACAUAGGUGUAUUGGAUCCUGAAUUCGAGGAGAUCGAUAUAGAAGUGAUACCUAUAACUUAUCCUUUCGCCACGUCUCAUAUAUGGUGGCCUUUGAAUCAGACCAAUAGUAUCAAUUUGAUUUUCGACUUUAAGACUAGUAAGAAUAUGGCAGUUUUGGCUUACAGUCAAAUCACAUCGGGACAAGGCUACUGGGAGGUAAGAAUGGUGAAAGAAGAAAUAAGAUUUGAACUAGUGCCGGAUGUUGGCAAAAACGUAACUGUACUGAAAUCUGUUAAGUUCAACGUGAGCAGUGACUGGCAUAACGUGGAGCUAGAUUUUAGGAAAGGUCGGAUCAAAUUGACUGUGGACUAUCAUAAUAAACAUGCGCAGAUGUUUGGGCUAGACUUUCAGCUGCAGGACAAGAUUGUUAUUGGAAGUGGAUUGAAGUCCGCUAACUUGGGUCUGAUUGGUUGCAUGAGGAAUAUAAAAAUCAAUGGUCUUCUGAUUGAACCGAGGUUCGUAAUAAACACAGAACGAGUAGUGGGAGAAGUAGCAAUAGAUGACUGUAGAUACGUAGACCCUUGUACGAGACCCAAUACUUGUGAGCACGGAGGAAUUUGCUCUAUUAGAGAGGACAGAGUUAUAUGCAACUGUGAGCAUACAGGUUACAUCGGCGAGAAUUGUCAUUUCGCCACCUUCAGGAAAACUUGUGAAGAGUUAGCUCUCCUGGGAUAUACAAGGAACGAUGUUUACCUUAUAGACAUCGAUGGUAACGGCAAGUUCCCGCCAGCUCAUGUCAAAUGUGAAUUUCAAAUAGAAGCGGAUUCCUCUACGACUGUGGUUGAGCACAACUUGCCUAGCCAAGUGGACGUCAGGUCUGCACUCCAAGGUCAAGACUUUAGCUUCAAAAUCAAGUACCGUGAAUUUACAGCAGAAAUGCUCCAAGAACUUAUAUCUCAUUCGUUGUUCUGCCGUCAAUACAUGAAGUAUGACUGCAAUAUGGCGCCUUUAGAGUUACACAGUGCUACGUGGUUUAUAUCUUCUUCGAACAACACUGUGGAUUAUAUUGGGAAUGUAAAAAGAGGCUACUGUCCAUGUGGAGUCAAUACUACUUGCGUGAAUCCAACACAAUCAUGCAACUGUGAUGCAAACGAAAACAAAUGGCUCUCUGAUGAAGGAACAUUGACUGAUCCGAGAAGUUUAGGUAUCACUGAGAUGUUCUUCCUACAACAGAAAGAUUUAACUGAAGAAGCUCAGGGGCGUAUUACGCUAGGACCAUUAGAAUGUGUUGAAACUAAUACCCAACGCUACGUUGUAACAUUCACAACAUCGCAAUCAUACAUCGAAGUACCAGGUUGGCGAAAAGGAGAUAUUGCUUUUAGCUUUCGGACAACAGGAACCAGUGCAAUAUUGCUGUUCCAACCUCCCAUAAGACCAAACUAUCCAUCUUUUAUGGUCGCUUUGACGAGUGAACAUGAACUCACAUUCAAUUUCACACUUAACACUGGCACUACAAGAAAACUAGUAAUAAAUUCUAAAAGGAAACUCAACGGUGGUGAAUGGCACAAAAUUUGGAUUGACUACAACUUCUACCACGUACGGUUCAUGUUGAACACCGAGUAUCAGAUGCUAAAUCUCUUGCAAGAAGAAGAGUUCGGUCCAUUUGAAGGGUCUAUGUUUAUUGGAGGUGCUACUGCAGAACAUUUAAAAAAAUCCGCAGUCCAUCAAGGUUUGAUAGGCUGUUUCCGUGGUUUAGUAGUGAAUGGUGAAAUCCUCGAUAUAUACAGCUACAUGUCCGUCCAUUUAUCUGAAAUCAUAAAGGACUGCAAGCCAUCGUGUGUGCCAAACCCUUGUCAGAAUAAAGCCACUUGUAAGGAAUUAUGGUCAACGUACGAGUGCAUCUGCAAGAACCCUUGGGCACAUUUGGGACUGCAUUGUGAAGAAAACAUAAAUGAGAAGGCAUUAACAUUCCAAACCAAAGAGGCGUAUCUAAAGAAGAACUAUCUAGUAGACAACGCGACAGAAGCGGAGAAGAUGCGACUAAAAAAAAUGAUGACAGAAAACGUCCUAAUGAACCUAAGAACUUACGACGACAACGCGUUAGUUCUAUACGCGAACGACAAUCUCAAUAACUUCAUUCAUCUAUUCAUUCACAAUGGAACGGAAAUCAUAUAUCUGUUCAACAACGAAGAUGAAAUCGUACAAAUGAAUGUGACUCACGAGAAAAUCAACAAAGGGGAAAGUGUACAGAUCGCUAUCAUAAGGACGGAGAAUACGACCACUCUGCAUGUUAAUGAUAAGAACACAACGAUUAAUAAAGUCGCUAAGCUCCUGUCUAACUACACUAAUAAGCCUUGGAAGAAUGCCGAUUUGGAGGUGAUCCGUCCACAAAGACCUCCAGCCCCUCCAACAGACUACUUCCAAAUGAACCUCGGCGGUUACGACCCAUAUUCCCUACAUCUAGCACCCAGAGCAAUUCUUCUACCGCAAGGCGGAUAUGUGGGUUGUGUGAGAGGAUUCAAGAUAGCUGAUCACGUUGUUGAUCUAUCGAAAAAAGCUCAGCAGAAUAUUGAACAAGAUCUAACAGGCGUCCUACCAGAAUGCAACAUGAAAUGUGAUUCGGAGCCUUGUAAAAAUGGCGGCAUCUGUACCGAGGACUUUACAAACCAGGAGAGCAGCUGCGAUUGCGAACUAACAAGUUAUUUCGGUGAAUAUUGCAUGGAAGAAAAAGGCGCUGAUUUUAAUGGGGAAAGCAUUUUACAGAGGAAAUUCGUUUUGGCUGGACCCGUGUUAAAAGUAAAAAUUAAUUUAGCAUUCUCCAGCAACGACCUUCGGCAAAAGAAUACAGUUCUUUUACUAGUUCAAACGGAAAACAAGCGUAGUUAUUAUUUACUAGUAGCAAUAACACAAGAUGGCUACUUAAAAUUCGAGGAAGAUAGAGAAGAGUCUGCUUACGGUGCUGAAGUCAAGAACCGAAAUUUUCUUAAUGGAGCACGUCACACAGUAUAUUAUACUAGAAUAGGACAAGAUGCAAUGUUACUAAUAGACAGAAUAGAAAUUCCCUUAGAAAAAUUACCUCCAGAAGGUCUAUGGGAAGUAUAUGAUGUAGGUUCUAAUGAAGUGCAGAUUGGAGGUCUCAAUACUACAGAUCCAAGACUCAAAAUAUACAAGGGAUAUAAUGGAUGUCUUUCCAAUAUCUUCGUAGAAAUAAAUGAUUAUGAGAUGAAACCACUAGAAGAAUACAUGCUCUUUACAAGAUCAGACACAGAAAAAGUAAAUGCUGUUAACGCGCAAGGAGUUCGAAGUGCACAAUGUUCAUCCGAUUUUGAUGAAGCUUGGCCUGAGCAUGAUCAACUAGGAGCUACACAUAACGGCAGUUUUCUUAUUAGUGUUGACAAAACUUGGGUAGAAGAUCCACCUUCACGCGUUCCAUACGACUCCCUGAACUUACAACCCGACACUGAAGAGGAAAAUACAGAUAAGUUUUUCAUAGCCCUCACGGUUAUAUUUCUACUUGGUCUCUGCUACACUGGAUCUCACAUGUGGCGAACACACAAAGCCUACAAAUUAAGACUGGAGAAAGAAACGGAUGAGAAUAUCAUGAGAAAUAAAGAAAAAGCUACCAAAUUGCAAGAACCAUCCGUAUCUUUAGUACAGCUUACUAAAGAUGAGGAAACCAAAGAUGGAGAAAGGAAACCCAAUGGGGUGGUCAUAGAUAUCAUCCCUGCCAUUAUAAUAGAAGCAAGCGAGGACAAACCACCCAGUAGACGUGGAUCCCUAAGAUUUAGAGAUAUGGUGGAUAAAGACAUAGCCUGGGAGCCGUUAGAAGAGAAGGAUGAAAUACUAGAGAACGAAGAAGAGGACGACGAAGAAGUAGACGAGGUAGUAGAAGAUGAAGAAGAAGAUAAAGAAAGUGCCUCAGACGAAGCAAGUGAUGAUGAAAACGACACGGAUAAAGAAGAUAAAAGUAAUACUCCUCCGAUUGAAACUUCAGGUGAAAUAGACCAUGCGAUAGAACCAAGUCCUCGAAAAUUAUCAACACAGCUGGCGUAUAAAGUUGAAGAAGAGAAUACUAUAGAAUUGACGUCAAGUGCAUGAUAGAAUAAAAGUUUAACAAAUUUUA